CGGGGCUGGGGCUGGGGCUGGGGCCGGGGCGCUCGCACAAGAUGGCGGUGGGGCGGCGGGAGAGCGCGCUCCCCUCGUAGAUGCGGCCGCGGCGGCCCCUGCUCCCGGCGGCCGGCGGGGCUUACAUGGCGCUGGAGGACCUGCUGCUUUGUCUCUGCUUCUCCGCCCUCGCCGUCCUGGCCGUGCAAGGGAGGCUGUUGGAAGGGGAUUCUCUGGAGCUGAGCUGUAGUGCUGGUCCUGCAAAGGUGAUACUCGAGCCAAACCAAGUGGUGAUUUUGGAUUGUAACCUGACUCCUGUUGAGCAAGUGAUCAAUAUCACAUGGAAGAAGAAUGGGUUUCCAUUAGUGGAGCAGGAACAUCUCCAUGUACUUCCAAAUGGAUCGCUCUUCAUCUCAUCGCAGGCUGUGGCAAAGGACAGUAAAUAUCCCGAGAGGGCUGGUGCUGAGGGUAAUUAUUCCUGUGUGUCUCACACCUCCCUAGGGACUGUCACCAGUCAAACAGCUGCAGUCAGAUUUUCAACAUUAUCACGCUUUUUCCAGCAGCCGGAGUCGCAGACAGUGGAAGAAAAUGGCAUGGCCCGGUUUGAGUGCCGGAUCGAGGGGCUGCCCUCCCCUGUCAUCACCUGGGAGAAGGACCAUGAAGCUGUUCCAGCAGAGCCCAGGUUUAUCACUCUUCCCAAUGGUGUCCUCCAAAUUGUGGAUGUGCAGGAGAGCGAUGCUGGGAUUUACCACUGCGUGGCAACCAACGCCGCCCGCAAGCGCUACAGCAAUGAUGCCACCCUCAGCGUGGUGAAAGCAUUAGGUUCCCAGCCAGCAGGACGAGAUGUCACCAUCAUUGCUGCUCCAGAGAACACCACAGUGGUGGCUGGGGAGAGCGUGGUGAUGGAGUGUAUGGCAGCUGCUGACCCCACCCCCUUUGUCUCCUGGAUACGACAAGAUGGAAAGUCCAUUUCCACAGAUGUGAUUGUGCUGGGCCGGACAAAUCUGCUCAUUCCUUCCAGCCAGCCCCAUCACUCCGGGGUGUACGUCUGCCGAGCCAACAAACCCCAAACGCGGCAGUUCGUCACUGCCGCCGCUGAGCUGCGCAUCCUCGCUACUCCCAGCAUCUCCCAGGCUCCUGAAACCAUCUCCCGCACCCGAGCCAGCACGGCCAGGUUUGUGUGCAAGGCAGAGGGAGAGCCAGCCCCCACCAUUCACUGGCUGAAGAACGGGAAGCCCAUCCUCUCCAAUGGGCGCGUGAAGGUGCAGAGCAGCGGCAGCCUCGUCAUCAACCAGAUCGGCCUGGAGGAUGCUGGCUACUACCAGUGUGUGGCUGAGAACAGCCUGGGCACAGCCUGUGCCACCGCCAAGCUCUCGGUGAUCGUGCGCGAGGGUUUGCCCAGCGCUCCCAAGAGGGUCUCGGCCGUGUCCCUCUCCAGCAGCACCGUCCUGGUGUCCUGGGAGCGGCCGGAGCACAACAGCGAGCAGAUCAUCGGCUUCUCCUUGCACUACCAGCGGGCUGUGGGAACAGAUAAUGUGGAAUACCAGUUUGCUGUCAAUAAUGACACAACAGAGCUGCAAGUCAAGGAUCUGGAACCAAACACCAACUAUGUCUUCUACGUGGUUGCAUAUUCCCAGCUCGGGGCCAGCCGGACGUCCUCUUCCAUCGUUGUCCAGACCCUGGAGGAUGUUCCCAGUGCAGCCCCUCAGCUGUCCCUGUCGAGCAUGACUCCUGGUGACAUCCGUGUGACGUGGCUGCCGCCUCCUCCCGAGCUGAGUAAUGGCAAGAUAACCAAAUACAAGAUUGACUACUGCACCCUCAAGGAAGCAGAUCAGGUCACCUCCAUCGAAGUGGGUGGAAAUGAGACCCAGAUCACCCUGUACUCACUCCAUCCCAACAAAGUGUACAAAGUUCGGAUCGCAGCCAGCACCACUGUGGGAUAUGGGGCGCCUUCCGAGUGGACCCAGCAUCGGACUCCUGACAGAGACAACCAGACACGUGUUCCAUUUGCCCCGACAGAACUAAAAGUCCGAGCGAAGAUGGAGUCUCUCCUGAUAACAUGGCAGCCCCCAGCAAACCAUGCCCAGAUAUCUGGCUACAAGCUCUACUACAGAGAGGUGGGCCCAGAGGAGUCCAGUGACGAGAACCCUUUGGAUGGGGCUGAAGAUGACAGCUGGGAUGUAGGACCCAUAAAACUAAAGAAGAAAGUGAAACAGUAUGAGCUGACUCGACUAGCUCCUGGGAAGCUGUACGAGGUGAAGCUGGUGGCAUUCAAUAAACACGAAGAUGGCUACGCAGCAGUUUGGAAAGGCAAAACAGAAAAGGCACCUGCAGCAGCAGUAGAUCCCCCUGUACAGAAGGGGCCUCCACUGCCUCCAGUCCACGUCUAUGCAGAGUCCAACAGCUCGACUUCCAUCUGGCUCCGCUGGAAGAAACCUGACUUCACAACAGUCAAAAUUGUCAACUACACCGUGCGCUUCAGCCCCUGGGGCCUGAAGAACGCCUCCCUUGUGACAUACUACACCAGCUCAGAUGAAGACAUUCUCAUUAGUGGGCUGAAGCCCUACACCAGGUAUGAGUUUGCUGUGCAGUCCAACGGGGUUGGCAUCGACGGGCCCUUUGGCAGCGUGGUGGAGCGCUUCACUCUGCCCGACCGCCCCUCCACUCCUCCGUCUGACCUGCGGCUGCACCCUCUCAACCCCUACGCUGUACAGGUGCACUGGUGCCCACCUGUGGAGCCCAAUGGCAUCAUUGUGGAGUAUCUCAUCCUGUACAACGCCAACAACACACAGCCAGAUGACAUGUGGACCUUGCUGACACGAGAAGGAAACAUCUUCAGCACGGAAGUGCAUGGCCUGGAAAGUGAUACCAGAUACUUCUUCAAGAUGGGAGCAAAGACAGUGGUGGGAUCUGGUCCUUAUUCCAACGUGAAGGAUGUGCACACCCUCCGGGAGAAGCUGUCUGAUGUCCUGGAUAUCCACUCUGUGACAGGAAUCAUCGUGGGGGUGUGCCUGGGGCUGCUCUGCAUUCUCUUCUGCAUGUGUGCCAGCUUCCGGAACAGCAAGCACAGGGAGGCCCUGCCAGGCCUGGAUUCCCAGGCUGCUGGCAACCACACAUACUACCACCGGACCAGGCAAGGAGUGGCCUCUCCCAGUGCCACCUUGGACUCACAUGAGCUCGAGUCCCUCAUGUCCCCACUCCCAGAGGAUGUGCCCGUGCCCCUGGGGGACAUCACAGAGCUGGCAGAAGUGCACAGCCUCAUCCACACGAGCCUCCCUGAGGACAUCUUCCAUGGGAAGAGGAAGUCUUCAUGGAAUAAAUCAGCCAACCAGGCCUGGACAAACAGCAUCACCAGAUAUGGGGACACCAUCACCAAAGAGCCUCUCUCUUCUGUCAAUGGGUCACUGAAGCUCCCCUCCAGUGCAGGGCAGAAACUUCUCUUACAAGCCCUGGUUUAUGAUGCUGUGAUGAAUGAAGCAAAGAAAAGCCACCUGCCAGCCAACCUCCACCAAGUGGAAGCAGAGGUCAUCGUCCAUUCUGAUUUUUCAGCCUCUGACAGAGAAUACAACUCCCAGCUGCACACCCUGGAGAUUGAAGAGAGAGAAAUGGAGGACCAGGAGCCUGAAGAGCUCCCCUUGGCAGAGCUGGCUCUUCCCAUCUCUCCCAGUUCCCAGCAGGACACUGGCCAAGUGUUGGUGGACUGCAUGGACAAUUUAGAGGCUCAGGCCCAGGCUGAGCUGCUCUGUACCGACACAAAGACUGACACACCAGAGGAUGUUUGCAUCCCUGGGCUCACCAAUGGCUUCCACAGGCAUGGAGAAAGUCUGGAUUCGGUGGAGAGUGGAGAUUCAGACUCCAUCCAGGAAGGCAGGGGUGAUGUGCAGCCAGUCAAGUGCCACUUGCUUUCUACAGCGCCUGAGGAGGCCCUGCUCUGUGGUAACUCUGGUUUAACCAGUCCAUCCUCAGCAGCUGAGAACAUGGCAUGUGUCCCCAGUCACAAAGAAUGAACUGAUCUGGUUUUAAUCACAGCAGAGCUGAAGCACGAGGAGAGCCUGUCCCUGUGAGGUGCUGCCUGUCCUCGGCUGGCUGAGCCCAGCAGGGGCUGGGCAGGUGCAGCAUCUCACCAGAGCAGGGCUUGGACCUGUCAGCUCUGCAGAGGCCUGGGAAGCCAGGUGGGUUGGUAGGGGCCCCUCUUCCUCCCGCUGAAGCUGAUGAAGAACUGGGUGUUGGUGGGAGCAGGACUGAGUCUGACACAGAACCACGAUGGAGCAGAGCCUUCUGCACUGGGCUGGGGCUGGCACUUCACCACAGCCCUCGAGGAGACUGGCACGACAUCAUUUAACACUGGGAAGUGGCAGAGUGCACCGAGGGAUCCUUCCCAGCUGCCUCUUCCCAGGGAGCGCCCAGGCACUACUGACUGCCUGGCAGCGUUGGGAUGAAUUCUGGCAGAGGAGUCCCAGGAGGGGGUGGAAGCCCUGGAAACAAAGGCAGUGAGCUGUAAGCACCAGCCUUUUCUGCCCUCCCGUGGCUGGAAGGAUUACCAGGCUCUCUGUGUGUGCUACUGCAGUUACUACUAGCAGGCUGAUGUAGUGGCCUUUUAUUACACACUCUACGAGUGCCUCUGACAACUUGUACUAUGUAGAACCUUCUGCAGCGUCUGGGUCUUUUCACCAGCCUGGGCUUUGUUUUAUGUAGGUUCUUGUACCUAAUAUUUUAGGUACACAUCUGUCCUUUUAAUGUACAACAUGUAUUUUUAUUUCCUUGGAACAUCUUUAUAUUAUUUAAUUUUAUAAAGUGGAGUAGCGUGUGGUAUAGAGUUAGCAUUUUUACUACUUCUCUCUUUCUUUUUUUUUUCCUCCCUAACAACACAACUACCUCAUGUCUGUUGGAGAAAAAAAAAGCCGUAGAUCUACUCAUUUGUUAUAGUCCAUUAUAGGUUUUAACUUAUUCUUACACUGCCUUUUCUAAAGAAUAUGUUUGCACUGGUUGUUGACUUCUCUUUAACAUCUAGUGCUGCAGAUCUGAUGUCUCUCUUGCUUAGUUUCUUGACACCUUCCCUACAGCCAGAGAGUUGGGUUGUGUCUCUCUGUAGGACUGUGUUUUGCAGCAGCUGCCAGAGGAGACUGCUUUAGCUGGCAGGAUGUUGAUCCAUCUUUCCUCAACAAGCUUGUACUAACAAAUAGAAAGAAGAACCAGCAAUUGCAAAAGUAACCUGUGAUUCUCGGGGCAUGUGUUUAUUUUCUCUUUUUUUUGGAGUGCCCAUGUGGAGACAUCUCAGAUGGUUUUGAUUUACAGAGAGCAGCACUCAGCCUUCUGUAAGCAGUGGACCUGCUAAAAGCCUUGGAUGAACAAGUGACAUUUUCCAGUCACUUCUGAUAGUCCUGGCCAAAGUGCUUUUUGGUGGAUUUUUUUUUUUUUUUUAAGAGCAGAGCAUCACCAGAGGUUUAAAAUUAAAAUGAAGUCUUUAGUCUUAUACCAGUCAGUCUGGCUUGAAAAUCAUCCAGUGACUCUUCCUGCUGAUGCUGUUUGCUUACUGCUGAUGUGUCUCUCAGCCUGGCCCUGCUGGGGGUGGACUUUUCUCUACGUUUUUUAGCCUGUCUCUGUCCUGCUCCAGGCCUGCAGGGUUUAACUGCGAAUGCUACUAGAUUGGACCAGCUGCCUGGAGUUAAUAAGGAUCAGUAACUCUGUUCAUGGGUGUUUGGUAAAUGUUCUGUCUUCCUGGAGGAUUCAGGCAUCUCACUGUUUGUUUAAAACAUAAAGGAAAAGAUGCCCACCUUCCUCUUUUCUUACUAAAAUUCUCCCCAGGUUAUAUGGGGAAAUGGCGUGCCAACAAUCCUGUAAGAGACUUUAGAUUUUGUUGUUCCUGGUGAUGGCUGGUUGAGGUACCACUGCUUGCAGCAUGGAGAACCUUACUUCACCAGCACCCUGCAACCCUUUUACCUCCAGCUCUUCAGCAGAUGAGAACCUGCAAGCCUCCAUGUACCCUGACGGGAAGGAUAUUGGAGCUUCCACCUCUUCCCAGCUGGCAGCAUCUCCUCCCAGUGUGACACACUGUUCUGGUAACCAGUGUAGUUCCAGUCAUUGUGAUUGGUCUGUUUCUCCAGCUGCUGCUUGGUGUCUUGAGGAGUCUCAGAAAUGCUGUUCCAUGCUCCUAAUAGCCAUGACUCUGGAAUGCUGUGGGACAGAGACUGGAAAUCAGUUCCAGUGAGCAGGCAAAGGUAGGAGUUUAUGUGUGUGUGUUGGAGCAAGGAGCUAGAAAGGCAAGGAAACAUAACUGGGCAGAGGAAGUGUAUAAAUAACCUCCAGAACCCACUGCCACAAGACUUUGAAACUCAUGGCUUAGCAGGGUUACAGAUAAGGCAGUGAAGUGUUAUUGCAGGCAAUAAGGACAAUUCACAGCUCUCUGGGGGCGGAUGCAGUCACACAGGUACAAACCCUCCAGCUGGGCAAGGCUGGGCACUCGCGGCAGAGAAUGGGGGGACAUUGUGCAGGUGGCUCUCAGGUCCCACAUAGUUCCAUGCAGAGUCCUUGCCCUUCCUCAGUGACAGAACAGACCCUACACAAGCCACAUUGCUACUGCCACUUUCCAUGCAGGGGGGUGGAAGGGGACAGAAGCUGAUGUAGGAGUGUGCCACAGUUUUGGGGCGGUUCCUUGUACAUGAACCCCCUGCUUUGCCUGUACAGCCUUCAGCAGUCCUACAGCCCUGAAAGCUGUCCCUGCCUGUCACUGCAGCCCACACAAGCAGGCACAGUGGGGCACCAUUCCCCUGGAUCACUUUGGGGACCACCAAACCACCACAAUCAUUGCAGGCUCAGAGAGCUUUGGGGAGAUAGAGUAGACCACAAACAAUUUUGUUUAUGCAUCCCCAAAACACUUUUGUCACCUUGCUGAAGCUUGUUCUGAUCUUCACCAAACUGUACUGGGGUGUGAAGCUGGCAGUGUUUGGCUGUCCCAAGAACUGUGGUGGCCAUGGGCUGGUAGGGUAGACCUCAGCUGCAGAAAUCCAGACAGUUCCUUUGGAGCCAAGAGGUCACCACUGACCAGCAGCACCAAAGCUGUCCCUGGACAACACACAUCCACACAGAGUGCUGGGUGGGUGUCCUUGUCCAACCCAGCUGUGCCCCGGUCCCCCUGCCCUGAAACGUGCAGGGACCUUUCAGUCUCAGCUGAAAGUGAAUCAAAGAAGACGCUUAAAACACAUUUGAUGUGUAAAGCUGAAACAACCAGUGCAUUUAUUUUUUUAUCAUGAAAUAAGUAGCUUUCUUGCGGAUUUCUCACAGGCACACAAACUGUUGAUAUCUUUAACUACCCAUCAUGCUUAAUAUCUGUUCCUGCACACCAGGCUUCUUUCUCCAUUUUCUUCCUUUCAGUUGCUGUUCAACUUUUUUGCUGGUGUAUAUUGUUUUACAUUGUUAAAAUGUCAGGCUUGUCUCACUGGCAUAAUUUUCUAGUAUUAAUGUUACUAUUUGGCUACACAGCUGUAUGUUCCCUAUGCUGCUGUGAGAGUCACAAUUCUCAUCCUUUUAUUUCUUUUCAUUUCUUGUUACAUGAAACAUGCAACUCAGAUAAAAACCUCUAUCAGUUUUUUGUUGACUUGAUUUCUUACUUAGGCAGCAAAGUUCUGGUUUAAAUAGUUCAGAUGAGAUAACUUCUAAUUUAGAGUUUGAGAAUUUUUUUACAUUACUAGCUAACAAUCAGCCCAUGAAAUAUUGCUGUGUAAGAAAACAACCGUUUUGCUAGAACACUGUAUAUGGUUUUGAUCUCAUUAGUAAUAGGUCUUUGAAGGAAUCAUUGUGUCUUUUCUAAUCAAUGCUUUUGUUAGAAAAGAAGUGUUUAGCCAGCAGAAAUCUACCAUCUACUUCUGUUACUGUAUUCCCUUGCUUGUAUUUUCAAGUUAAAUUUCAUUUUCUGCACAGUGCAUAAAGAUGUGUAACCAGAACUUGAUCUUGUUUGAAGGUUGUGUCUGUGUUUGGUUCCAUGCUGUACUUUAUUAAAACUUUCUUUCUUUAGAGACUGUUCUUACUCCACAAAUACUCUUUCGUGUUAAAGUAUAAGAAGGCAUUGUCCUUAUAUUCCUUAACUAAUGGGUUAUUAAUAAAAUGUUUUUUAAAAAGA